CCAAGCUCUAACUUUGAAAUACUUUUUUUGGGACCCAGCAAAGCCUAAGCCUGGGAGCGAACCCGGACCGUAUCGUAUCAGCCUGCGCAUCGCUCGCCGGCCGUGUCCAACGCCUCCCAGACUACGAGACCAUCGAUUGAGGGGCUCUAAGGCGUCGAACAGAACACAACACGUCUAGCCUCCAGGACCGCCGAGACCCCAGGCCCCAAGCUCCAAGCUCUAAGCCCCAAGGGUCACGUUACGGAUACGGAUGGCCAUGCGCGAGCUGGGCCAUAUUUGCCUGGCGUGCCGCGUUAAGAUGCUCGCCGCCGCAUCCCGAGGUCCCGUCUCUCGCCUGUCUCGUCGCGCCCGCGCCAUUACCAUUUCGCCUGCAUCCUCGGCCUACACCACUGCUGCAUCGUCUGCGCAGCCGCCACUACGGCCUGCACCAGCACCGGCCCACAACUCGGGGAGUCGGCGCGAUGGUAGUGAUGGUGGUGCUGGCGCCGGUGCCGGUGCCGGUGCCGGUGCUGGUGCCAGUGCCAGUGCCGGUGCUUCGGCAUCCGGCUCCGCCUCUCUCGCCAUGUUCAAGAGUAUCAUCGAGAAUCAGCCCCGUCAACCAGCACACCGUCCUCCGGCUGGCGAUGCUCUAGACGCGGAGCUGCUCAAAAACAUCGAAAUGGUCGCCGCCAUGCUGAAAGCUGACGCAAACCCCGCCGCCAUUUUUACCUCGUUCGGCCAGACCAUUUACCCGCACAUCAAGGAGCAAAAGGAUUCCCCCGCCUACCGCCUCGCCAAAGGCCAACUACAAACAUUUCUUGCCAUGAGAAUGGUCGCCGCAAAGGCGGAGGCUUUGGACGCCUCAGACCUCCCCACCGCGACCUACAUCACGCAGGUCCUGGUUGACCUCGAGUUUCUCAACCUGGAAACAUGGUCGACCCUGAUGCUCCAGCUGAGCCAGCAAAUCUGCCAGCUUAGCGCCUCCCCGGACGGAUCCUUAUUGGAUGAGAAGUUCAAGCACUCCCUCCCCGGACGUGAUGCGCUACUCGCCGAUCUCCGGGGGGCAUGGGAUGCGUUUGCUGGGUCGUGUACCAAGCUUGAAGCUUCGGGGCAUGCGGUGGACGACAUCAACUCUCGGUCCGCAUCCAGGGCCAGAGCCGCGCUUCCACCCCAUAGUCGUGUCCCUGAGAAAGAUGUCCCUUCAAAUGUUCCCCGGGCUACCAAAAACUACCUCAAGGUCUUAUUUCCUCAGUAUAGCGAACGUGAGCUAGCGGGGGACGCUCUGCGGGCAGCACAUGUAGCCUCUGUGCUGCUGAAUGACCUUGGCAACUUCAAACCACCCUUUGACCAACAGACGACCCCUUUUCUCUUCAUGCACGAGCGGCUUAUAUCAAAAUGUGGUCGUUCUACCCUACUUUUCUUGGAUAGAAUACGUGACAGGUAUCCUAUUCUACUUGACUACGUUUACGCCCGGGUUGACGAAAUGGGCGCCGAGAAUGCGGCGAGCUGGCCUUUCAAGUCUCUCAGGUCUCCCAAGCCUCUUAGUUUCCAACUGUGCAUCGAACAAGCGAUCAAAAGAAGAAACCUUAAAGAGCUCAACUCAGCGUGGUCGGAUUUCUGGGGCGAUGAACCCCUCCCUGGUCCUGCCAGAGUUCACGAACUGGCAGCAACACCUGAAAUAUUUGAUUCUUUUAUACUGGGCUUUGUGAGGAUGCGCCGGCUUAUGCAAGCCAUCGAUGUGUGGAACCGCAUGCAGCGUGUCGGUAUCAAGGCGAGCACUAAGACUUGGACAAAUAUGAUACAGGGAUGCGCAAACACGAGAAACCCCCGAGGGAUCAAGGCGGUCUGGGAGAAACUAGUCAUCUCUGACACAGAGCUUGACACGGCCGUUUGGACAGCUCGAAUAUCUGGCCUCAUCACCAGCGGUGACCCUCAAGGCGGCAUCCUUGCAUUAGACGAGAUGGCUCGGCUGUGGCGCGAGCGACUUCUUCACCCCGACGCCCCAUCCCAAGCCAUUCAACCGACAAUCGAGCCCAUCAAUGGCGCCAUUGCCGGCCUCAUCCGGCUCGGGAGGAUGUCUGAUGCCCAAAGGGUGCUAUCGUGGGCAGGCCGCCAAGGCAUUAACCCGGACAUCUACACCUUCAACACUCUGCUUCGGCCUCUGGUCCGGGGAGGGCAGACGGAGCACGUCGCAGCCAUCUUCAACAUGAUGCAAGAGCUAUCCAUCAAGCCAGAUGUCGCGACUUACACCAUUUUGGUAGACGGGGCCCUGGCAAACAUCGGCUCACAGACCCCCAAACAGCAGAUUGGCAUCGUCUCUAAACUCAUUGCUAGCAUGGAGGCGUCGGGGCUGGAGGCCAACAUCCAGACAUAUGCCAAGAUGAUUUACGUGCUUCUACGAGAGGGCGACAGUGCUACGGCGGCCGUCCAGGCCAUCUUGGCCCACAUUCAGAGCCGCGGUCUAGAGCUCUCGUCGCACAUCUACACCAUGCUAGCAGAACACUACUUCUCGAGAGACCCGCCCAACCCGGCCGCCGUGACGGCCCUCAUCCACAAUCGCAACCUGCAGGCCAACAAGAACAUUGAUCGCGUGUUCUGGGAGCGCGUAAUCAAGGGCUACUGCCACACUGGCGAGACAGCCAGGGCCGUCGACAUCUUCAAAAGAAUCUUCAACUCGGGCAGCACCAUAACCUUUAGCACUCUCGACGAAUUCUUGCUCGCCCUGAUCCGCACUGGCCAGAUGGCCGAGGCGUCCAGCGUUGUCAGGCUUGCCACCACAAUCAAGGAAGGCGACGAGCUGAUGCGCGAAGGCGGCCGGUUUUGGAAACACAGGUUCUGGCACCACGCCGAGCAGUACGGCCUGCUCCCCGACGACCUCCGUCACAACCUCCAAGAAGCCGAGACCCAGACGGAUUAUCUCUACUAGGCUGGCCGUUAUAGGGAAUGUGCUCUUCAUGAUGUGAACGGCGGAUGUGGUCUCUUGUAUUAUACGUGUUUCUUGUACCUGUGGUGGUGGAGUUGCUGUUGUGCUUAAUUGGCUCAGUAACGCGCUGUUCCAUUAUGCAUUUGUCCCAUAAUAUGCAUAUUUUACUCCACAAACAGAGAAAGCAGUGUUCUGGCCGCCGAAUUUGGCUGGCGCAUGCUGCCAUUUUCGGCGGCUUUAACACCAAGCGCACAAGUCUCUUACAAGUACCGUCGGUGUACCUAUGUCAUAGCGGCCUUUCUAGCGCAUCUCCGUCACGGUCGAAAGAGUAUCUAGGUAGGUGCUUCAAGAGACAGCACAAUAUGAUUGAUCGGUUCAUCCGUUCCAGGGGCAUCCGGGAUCUGGGUAUAUGCCGCCACGUUUCGAACCUGGAUAGAGGACUUCGUAACUAACAAGCCUGUAUUCAAAGCUACAGAAAGGAAGAAGGAC